GCCAGCUAUGCACCAAUGCUUCGGCGCGCGGCUCGGUUGAAGCGGCGUAGGAGGAAUUUGGUGCAGGAGGACUCGCCGUCGUCGGCGCCAGAUCCGGCGGCAGUUGCUCUCGAGAAGGACGCCCUAUCCGGCGCCGGCGGGGCUCCGGUGGAACCCAGAUCUGGUGGCUGCGCAGCUCGGCAGGCGGUGGACGCGAGCGUUCGCGCGGUGGCGGCGGCGGCGAGUGCCCGGGCUGCGUGCGAGGACUCGUCGGCGGGGAGGCUUGGGGGGUGUCGGAUCAGCCGGUACACCUCCGCCUCCGUCGCGCGUGGAGAUUUUGCUAACAAUCAGGGGGAACCAAUGGCGAAGACGAAGAAGCCGAGGAGCUCCGCCCCAGAUCCGCCAGCGCACCUCCCAUGGCACCACCCGCCGGCGCCGCCGAUCUCCACCGCGCUCCUCAUCUCCUUCGCCGCGCUCCUCCUCCGCGUGCUCGUCUCCGUCGGGCCCUACUCCGGCCAGGGCGUGGCGCCCAAGUUCGGCGACUACGAGGCCCAGCGGCACUGGAUGGAGCUCACCCUCCACCUCCCCUCCUCCGACUGGUACCGCAACACCUCCGCCAACGACCUCGCCUACUGGGGCCUCGACUACCCGCCCCUCUCGGCCUACCAGAGCCGCCUCCACGGCCUCCUGCUCAACGCGUCGCUCCCCGACGCCGUCGCCCUCCGCUCCUCCCGCGGCUUCGAGUCCCCUGAAUCGAAGCUGCUGAUGCGCUGGACGGUGCUGUCGUCCGAUCUGAUGGUGUUCUUCCCAGCGGCGCUGUGGUUCGUCUGGGUGUACUUUAAGUGUGGAGUUGGCGGAACUGGGGAGGAGAGAAUGGCGGGUUGGACGUGGUUGCUUGCCAGUUGCCUGAUUAACCCAUGUUUAGUGUUGAUUGAUCAUGGCCAUUUUCAGUAUAAUUGCAUCAGCCUUGGAUUGACGCUUGGAGCGAUUGCGGGUGUUCUGUCUGGGAACGAGCUUGUUGCUGCUGCUCUCUUCAGUCUUUCAAUCAACCACAAACAGAUGAGCCUUUACUUUGCACCGGCUUUUUUCGGACAUCUUUUGGGGAAAUGUAUCAAGCGGAAGUAUCCAAUUGUUGAGGUCAUGAAAUUUGGUUUUGUUGUACUGGGAACCUUUGCUUUUGUUUGGUGGCCAUUUUUGCAUUCUUAUGAGGCUGCUAUGCAGGUGAUCUCUCGAUUAGCUCCAUUUGAGCGAGGUAUAUAUGAGGAUUAUGUUGCCAAUUUUUGGUGUAGCACUUCAGUCCUUAUUAAGUGGAAGAGAUUGUUUGCAAUAAAACCGCUGAAACUCAUGAGUCUCUCUGCUACCAUCUUGGCUUUCCUGCCUUCAUUGGUUCAGCAAAUCAGAUCACCAAGUAAUCUUGGCUUUCUCUAUUCUUUGUUGAACAGCUCAAUUUCGUUCUAUCUAUUCUCAUACCAAGUGCACGAGAAAUCAAUUUUGCUUCCUCUUUUGCCUGCAAGCCUCUUAGCACUACAAGAACCUCACUUGUAUGGAUGGCUCAUGUACUUUGGCCUUUUCUCAAUGUACCCACUUAUCUGCCGUGAUCACCUUCUUCUACAAUAUAUAGCUGUUCUUGGUCUCUUCGUUCUUAUUUACUACUCUCCUGGUGGAAGCUCCAAAAAGGGGAUGAGCAUUCCAUCUGGAGCCAAGGCAGUUCUAAGUCUGGCAUUGUUAUGCUCGCUCUUACUUCAAGUUCUAUACCUGCAAAUAGAACCUCCAAAGAGGUACCCUUUCCUCUUUGAUGCAUUGAUGAUGUUCAUUUGCUUUUCCCAAUUUGUCAUUUUAACAUUGUACACCAAUUACAAGCAAUGGAUGUUGAACUCCCAUUCUAGAUCAGUAGGCAGGAAGAAGGAUCUAUGAUCCAAAUUCCAAAAUUUUGAAAGCUAAUGUUACUAUAUCAUUGUAACAUCGUGUGUUCCCUUGUAAUGAAAUUGAUUCAUUUUUAAUGGAAAGGAUGAAUGUGUUUGCACAUGGAGGA